AUGCUGCCCUGGAAGCGGAGCAAGGUGGAGCUGGCGGCGGGCGAGGCGCGGCGGCAGAGCAAGCCCAAGGGGUACGCGGUGAGCGUGCACUACUCGGCCCUCACCUCGCUGGCCCGCGCCUGCCCCGAGAGCGCCCUGCACCGCGUGGGCAGCAUGUUCCGCUCCAAGCGGCGGAAAUUUCGGGUCACCAGCGAAGACCCUACGUAUACUGUGCUCUACCUGGGCAACGCCACUACCAUCCAGUCCAAAGGUGAGGGCUGCACCGACCUGGCCGUCUGCAAGAUUUGGAGCAAGAGCGAGGCGGGCCGGCAGGGCACCAAGAUGAAGCUGACCAUCAGCGCGCAGGGCAUCCGCAUGGCCCACGCCGAGGACAAGGGGCUGCGCCGGCCCGGCCACCUCUAUCUGCUGCACCGGGUCACUUACUGCGUGGCCGACCCGCGCCUGCCCCGUGUCUUUGCCUGGAUCUACCGCCACGAGCUGAAGCACAAGGCGGUGAUGCUGCGCUGCCAUGCUGUGCUGGUCUCCAAGCCCGAGAAGGCGAAGGCCAUGGCCCUGCUGCUCUACCAGACUUCGGCCACGGCACUGGCCGAGUUCCGCCGGCUGAAGAAGCGGGACGACGCGCGGCACCAACAGCAGCAGCUGGUGGGCGAGCAGAGCAUCCCGCUGGUGCCGCUGCGCAAGCUGCUCAACGGGCAGUGCUGCUACAAGCCGCCGGUAGAGCGGAGCCGCAGCGCGCCCAAGCUUGGCUCCAUCACGGAGGACCUACUGGGCGAGGAGCAGGAAGAGCGGGCCAUGCACUGCGACUGCGAAGACAUCCUGGAAGCGCUGGGCGAGCCCGAGGGCGAGCUGCUGCGCCCCACCACCGGCCGCGGCGAGAGCCCAGAGCUGGGCCAGCUCCUCCGCGACCUGGGCGAGCUCAGCCUGGGCAACGACCUGCGCUCGCUGCGCGCCGACCUGCGCGUCCGCCGCCUGCUUUCCGGGGAAAGCACGGGCAGCGAGUCCUCCCUGGAGAGCGGCGGCACGGACGGGGCCGCCCCGCCCGGCAGCGACGCCGAGCAGCCGCCCCCCGGCGAACCCGAGACCGGCUGA